AUGUUCGCGAAUUUCUCACCUCUCACGUUAACGGAACCCAUGGACCCCAAUAUGGACAAUCCCGCCGAGCCCAGACUGGAGCCUAUGGAACCGUUUCUGGAACCCAUAGAACCGAAACUGGAGCCCAACGACGUUUUGGACCUUCCGCGGUCGUCCGAGCCGCCUGAACAAGACGCCAACGAUGACAGCCCUGACAAAAAACGCAAAAAAGUGCCGAAAAAAACCUCAGCAGAAGUGCUCCAGCGACGGAAGGAAGGCCGAAGGAAGGCUGCAGCCACGAUUGCGCAAAGCCUUAAGAAAGCUGGCAUUGGUCGGUUUGAAAAGGAGAACAAGUUCAGGUUGACCACCAUCCGAUCGAUUCCAUUGAUCAACCAAAAGAACUACUUCACCGACUACUUGAAGAAAGAUGAGCAGAUCCUGUUUGUGCGCAACUGGCGGAUGGAGAAGGUGCUCCAGCAAAAGAUGAAAAACAUCGAGAAAACCAUCAAAAAAGACGAUGCGGUGCAGUCGUUCGACGACUACAAUUUGGGCGACAUCGAGGCGGAAAUGAAGAAGAAAGCCCAGGAAGAGGCCAAGGCCAAGGCUGAGGCGGAAGCUGAGGCAGCGGCAGCAGCCUCGGUGGCUUUGGAGAAUGACGACGAUGACGAAGACGACGAAGAUGACGAUAACGAUGUCAGCGAAGAUAAGGCCAAACAGGGCUACGACACCAUAGUCAUACAACCUGGGUCUGCCAAUCUUCGUAUUGGACGUGCCACCGAUGCGUUCCCGAUCACGGUGCCGAUGGUAAUAGCGGUGCCUUCAGAUCCACCCGCGACUCACGAACCCCAACCCAAGCGGACCGAGUCCGAAGAUGGCACCAUUCUGUUUGGCGACGAAUUCAACGAGCUUUUGGAUACCCUCACCAAGGACUUCAAGGCUAGAAUGAAGUACUAUAAGCGCCGGAUUCUUCCUAAUUCUCGCGAACUGGCAGCCAACUUCAACCGUCGCCAAGAACCCGAGGAGAUCCCUGACCAUAACGACCCAUAUAAGAAAGAGUGGAUCGAUGUCAGCAAUCCCAACACCCUCAAGAAAGUAUACGUUGGAGACGAGGCCCUAAAACUUCCUAUAGGCCCCAAGUUCACUCGCUACUCCAUCCGCUAUCCAAUCUGCAACGGCCAGUUCAACGACCUGAGUCCCGCUUAUACAUCUCCACAGCAGCUCUUGGGUGAUCUUUAUGAGCUUAUAAUGUAUGGGUUAGAGCAGCUUGAAGUGAAGGAGCCACUCAAGUCAUUGAAGGCUAUUUUUGUUAUUCCAGAUUUGUACGACAAGAUGUACGUUGAAACGUGGCUCUCGCUUCUUUUGAGAUUGGUUGGUUUUGGAAAAGUUGCUAUUCUUCAAGAAGCCGUUCUGGCUACGUUUGGAGCCGGUGCAUCGUCUGCCUGUGUCGUGGACGUAGGAGCCCAAACUACCACCGUGACAUGUGUUGAUGAAGGAUUGGUGAUCAACGAUUCUCGAAUCAUUUUGAAUUAUGGAGGUGAUCACGUUACGCAGGCAUUGACAAAAAUGCUUCUUCAAAGCAAUUUCCCCUACCGAGGACUAGACCUCAGUAGUCGCAACGACGACUAUGAAUUGGCCCAGCAAUUGAAAAACGAUUAUGCCACCUUCCAAGACGCCGAUAUAGCCGUGCAGCUCUACCAUUUCUAUAAGCGGAAGCCCUUUGAGUCCACACAAAAGUAUCAAUUCAAGGUGUUUGAUGAGGUGAUGCUCGCCCCAUUGGCGCUUUUCUACCCCAAAGCAUUUCAGUUGGAUCCAUUAUCGAAAGACAGAAAGCGGCUCUUUGCUCCUUCAGUGGACCAGUAUUCUGGCAAGACGAACAACCCUUAUUCCAAGGCACAAGAAAACAUGAUAAAUAACAUUGCCUAUGCCGAUUUGGCCGACGACCAAUUGUUGGUCCAGCUUGGCGACGAGCGGCUGAGAAUCAAGCAGGGCAAUCCAUACUCAAAGCCGAAACCCACCAAGACAUCCACAAUCGAAAACCUGUCGUAUUUGGUGGAGCAACCACUCGAAAAAGCCAUCAUCGAGUCAAUCACCAAUGCUGGUAUCGCUACCGAUUUUGCCAAAACCAAAAAAUUUUACGACAAUCUUUUGAUUGUAGGAGGAGGAUUGGCCACAAUAUCGGGCUAUGACCUCGUAUUAUCGGACCGAAUCAAUAUAUGGAGGCCCAAGUUUUUGUCGUCAAGCAGCAUGGAUGAAAUCAUGGAUUAUGUUGCCGGUGAACGGAAAAAAAUCGAGGGACAUCGCAAACAACUCAUCGACGAAUAUAAGGAGAAGAAACGAACCAAUGCCGAGCAGGCGCUCGAGGAUAUCGAGCUUGACGACGCAGAAUUGGAUGAAAUAGACGCAGCCACUCAAAUUGAAAUCGAUCUUGAUACUGUGGAUGCCAUGUGUGAUCGAGGAUCAGUGAAUCAAGUGAAUGUUCUUCCACCGCCGCGAGAGAUCGAUCCUCAGGUGCUCACAUGGAAGGGAAGCAGUGUGUAUGCUCGGCUCAAGGUUGUGAACGAGAUGUGGGUAUCUCAGGAGGAUUGGGACUUGCUUGAGAGUCGGUGCUUGUACUACAAGAGUUUGUUCAACUACUAG